AUGACCGUGCCUAUCAAGUUUAGCGCGUUUUGUAUCGCUGGUCGCGGGGCCGGCGCCGGGGCGGGCACGGGCACGGGUGCGGGGGGCCGCAGUAGGGCUCCGCGGCGCGUCGGUGCCACCUCGCUAACCCGUGCCCGUGCUUGCAGGAUGCACGCGGUGGGCCUGCACUCGGCGCUCGCCAUCCGCCGCGAGCGGAAGCGGCGCGCGGAGCAGCAGCGCGCCCGCGAGCGCCGCUACUCGCUGCAGUCCACCGAGUCGGGCGUCACCUCGCCCCACUGCUCCACCGGCAGCCUCGAGCGCCGGCGCGCCCACAAGCAGCGCCCCACCGACAACGAGGUGGUCUCCUCCGUGGGCAUGCUGCACCUCGGCGUCGUCUUCCUCGUGCUCGGCUUCUUCCUCGUCGGCUCCGGCUGGCUCCCGGACGACGUCACCUCGUGGAGCAGCGUCGGCUCCGUGAGCUGGUUCAACGAGCUCGUGUGCUCGGGCCUGUUCGCGCUCGGCAUCGGCGUGUUCCUCGUGGCGCUGCACAAGUACCUGACCAAGAGCGAGGAGGACGCGCUGGAGGACUACGUGCAGAGGCAGCUGACCAGGUCGCGCUCGGGCCACCGGCUGGAGCGCGACGCGGAGACGGGCGGCAUGCACACGAAGAACGCGCGCCGCGCCCGCGCCUCCGAGCCGCCGCGCGACCGCUCCGGCGAGGCGGCCGAGGCGGCCGAGGCGGGCGCGCAGCCGGCGCACGGCUUCGUGAACGCGCUGGCCGCCAACGGCGACGCCGUGCGCGACCUGCCGCUCGAGCAGAUCGCCGAGGAGGAGGCGUCCGUCGCCUCGGAGGCCGACCGCCGCCUGGCCAGCUUCAACAGGGACACCUACUCGCAGGCCUCCGCCGCCGCCAGCCUCAGCCCCGGCUCGCCCUCCGACACCAGGGAGCUGCUCUCGGACGGACGAUACAUGGUCAUGUCGCGAAUG